AUGGCACUAGCACCGAGACAUUACAUUAAAGUUCUCGAGUUCCAUCUCAGAGCCGUUGACAUCGCCAACAUCAAGGGUGUCCCUAAGCUUGGCCAACUCAUACAUGAGUACAAUUCGGCAGCAUAUGACAGACAAGAAAAAGCGGCCUAUGACAGUAAGGCUGUUUCGAACGGAUAUGAAAAGCAUACUCGAAAGACUGAGGGUGCCGUAUACGACGUGGCAAACCGUGAAGAUGGCGGUGAACCACGAGAGAAACAGGAACCAGUAUGUUUCGGGGAUCACCUUUACAGUGAUGGACCCCUGUUUUUCAAAAGGCGUGAACUGUAUCCUGAUCCAGUGAAGCAUCCCGCUGGAGGAUUUGUCAGAGCUCACGCGGGUACGGAGGAAAGGAGCAAUGGAACCUAG